AUGGGUGCGACCCUGGACUCCUUCGACUCCAACUGGGAGAACGCACAGGAGUUGCUGCAUGGCGCACUCUGCCAAAACUUCCAAGUGGAUGAGCUUUGCUGGGAGGCCUUGCUGCUGGCGCAAGGGAAAGGUCGGGUCUCACCCGAGGACUUGGAAACAGUGCCAACCGCCGAGCUGAUCACUGAGUUGCGGCGGAGGCAUGACUUGCUGAACCGCAAACCUGCCAAUGUGGCUGUCUUGGGCCCCCCGUGCGCUGGAAAAGACACACAAGCGGAUGCCCUUCGACGCGCCUUCGGCCUUUGCCGGAUUUCGGGCAAGGACUUGUUGGGCGACUCUGGGGCAUCGAGCGAUGAGCAAGCAGUGUCAAAGCUGGCAGAGCUGCUAGAGCGUCCUCAGUGUCGUCGUGGCUUUGUGCUAGAUGGCUUUCCAAGAACUGUUGCUCAGGCGGCACGGCUCGAGGAGGAGCUUUCCAAGCGAAAGAAGGGCCUGGACACGGCCAUUUUUCUGGAUGCUCCAAAGGACAUUCUUCUGGAAAGAUGUCAGGGUCGGCUUCUUCACGAAGCUUCAGGACGCUUGUACCACGACUCUCAUCGAACUCCUCUGGAGAAAGGUGUGGAUGACUUCACGGGAGAUCCAUUGAUCCGGCCUUCCUUCCAGGAAUCGAAGCUGAAAGAAGACCUCGAGCGUCACCAGAAGGACUCCACAUUGCUUCGACAGUUCUUCUCCAAGAAGGGCUGCUACGUCGGGGAAGUGGAUGCGACCAAACGGGCCGAAGAGGUUGGAAGCGCUUGCAUCGAGUCGGUGAGAGCGCGCGCGCACACGGCAGAAUGA